GCAUCGAUGACGGUGACGUAGAGAUUCCGAUGUUGGUUCAAACUUGACUCUAAUGUAUUCAAAGGCGUUGUUGGAAAGAGCGACUUGUAUAAAUAUGUGGAGCCGUCCGAUGUCACAGCAGAAACAACCGACACUCGGAAGGGACAACAACUACCACUUUUUUUUGGCUGGCUUCAAAGCGAUUAGCUAAAAGCCAUGGCGUUUGUUGCAAAAAUUCUGUUCAUCUCAGCACUAGUGUACAGUACUAAUGGCGGAUACCUGACUGGCCAUCACCAAAGCCCGGACUCAUUCCUGUCAUCGGCAUUGAACUCUCCGUCAGCUUCGUUUGCAUCGCCAUCAACGUCUUACGGACCACCGUCUCAUGGAAGUUCUUCUUCAUCAUCGAUAAACCAUGACCACGGUGCAAUACUUGCUGGUGCAUCUCUUCCUGGAGCUGGUUCUCUUGCUCACGGUCAUGGACACUACGACGGCGGGCACGGUUACGGCCUAGCUGCUUCCAGCGGACCUGGCCCCAUCUCCUCUGGAUCUCUGUCAUCGGACCUCUCAGCUCCUGCUCCCGCUGGCAAUGGAUACUCCGAAGGUGGCCUUCUCCUCGAUUCUACUCUCCCAGCUAACGGUGGCAACGUUCUUGGCCAAACAGCAACCAUUGGAGCUCCUCGUGUCAUUGGCACCACUGUUACAGUUGGCCGCCCUGAUGCAUCUGCUACCAGGUACGAGCUGCAAUCUGUUGUGCAGAAUGUUAUUCGUCGCAUCCCCAUCGAGGUGACCAGGCACAUCCAGGUCGCUGUACCGCAACCCGUACCUGUGCCGGUCCGUGAGGAAGUCAGAGUACCAGUGCCACAGCCCUACCCCGUGCAAGUCGAAGUCGUGAAGAAGGUCCCAUACCCCGUAUACAAGACUGAGCACGUCCAUGUCGAGAGGCCCGUCCCUGUUGAGGUUGUGAAAGAGGUUCCAUUCGAAGUCAUCAAGGAAGUUCAGGUCCCUGUCGACAGACCAUACGAAGUCAUCAAGAAGGUCCAUGUUCCAGUUGAGAAGCACGUCGAGGUUCCCGUUGCCGUUUGGAAGCCAUACCCACUCCACAUCAUCAAGCACGUCACCCACUACAAAAAGAAGAGCUGCUGUUGGUAGACUCGGUGCCGAACGCUUUAACCAGCUGGUGCCGUACCAGCAACAGUCGUGAUCAUACCAAAUAGUCAAUAGAAUUGUAAAUACUUUGAUAGUCAUUAGUUUGUACAUGUAAAUAGAUGGAACAUAAAACGUAUCGUUUUAAACAAAA